UUUUGUAGAGGGUUUCUGUAUUUGCACAGUGACACAGACUUCUACCUUUGGAAUCCGUCCACCGGUGCCCACAAACAAAUACCCGCCCAUCCUAUAACACCUAUGAUCAAACUUCUGACUCGUUUGGAACUUCUGUCUGGUUUUGCAUAUGAUCACUCUACUGAUGAUUACUUGAUAGUUUCGGUGUUCUGCGAAGAUAAUGAUCUUGCAAUUAAAUUGAUGAUUUUCUCAUUGAGAGAUAAUAAGUGGAAACCAAUUGAGGUUGCUUCUCAUUUGCCUUAUAUGAUGACUCGUGUAUGGUACUGUUUCCGUAAAUGUGGGUUGUUCUUGAAUGGUUCUAUUCAUUGGAUAGUUCAUAAUUAUGAGACCUCAAAGAAUGUUAUUAUUGCCUUUGAUAUAAAGGAAAUGACGAUAUCAGAGAUAGCUCUGCCAGAUGAUUUUAUUCUCAGUUAUAGUAAUAAUUAUCCUAUAUAUUAUGAUUUGUUAGAAGUUGGAGGACUUAUCAGUGCAUGGGUGAAUGACCUGAAUACAGUGAAGAUAUGGGUGAUGCAAAAAUAUGGAGUUCACUCAUCUUGGACUAAGAUUAUUCAAUUUUCUGUUGAUCCUGUUUUGCACAAUGAUUUAUACAUAGCAUGCUUAACAAAGUGUGGUGAUAUAGUAGGAAGAAAUAGAGAAAGUGGAUUGGUGAAGUUUAAUGACAAAGGAAAGCUGCUAGAAAAACACCUCUGUCAUAUGGAAGAAAAGGAUGGCAAAGAAUGUCAUAAGCGAAAGAAGAGCAAAAAGAAUCAGGAAGGACCAAGUUCCAUUGCCAAAGAAAGAAUAAUUUUAAAUGUUGAUUUGAAAUACAAGCAUGAUGAUAGUUUUGUUGUAAUGCAAAAAGAAAAAAGCUGGACUAAGGUGGUUACAAACCCACCAACAAUGGGCACGCAAGUUCUUCAAAUUCCUGUUGAGGUCAUAACUGGUUGUGUAUUGGAAGGCAAGACUACCAUUGGACUGUAUGACACGGGCAAACGCAAGGCCUACAAUUGUGUCCUGAAGAAGAGAGAGGAUAAGAAUGAAAUGUUUCUUUGCAGGGGCUGGUAUGAGUAUGGGAAAAGCAGGAAGUUCAAGAAAGGUGAUGUUCUAAAUUUCACCAUUAGGUACCCACCUGCUGAAGAAAUUUUGGUGUGUGUUGUUCGUGGCAAAUAG